AUGGUCAUGCAUCUGAUUGGUCGCAGGAGUUGCAGAGUGGCCAUGCAUGGCUGCCGCUUCAGAGAGAGAAUCUACAGAAGCACAUCCGAGUCCUCUUUCUUCCACCGAAGACUGCGGCGCCAUGGCCGAAACUGGGUCGUGUUCCAAGUGGCGGCGACGAGGGUGAGGGUGGUGGGGGACGCGAGAGGAGAUCAGUCGGGGUGGGGAGAUGCGCCGUCUGGUUGCCCUUCUCGGAGUGGGGCGCUGCUGUGUGCUGCGUCGGGUCUUUGGAUGUCGACCCAAUCUUGAUGGUAGAUCCACGGUCGGCGAUCGAGAACAGGCCACGGUGAAGCGUAGCGAGAUCAUCUUCAGUCCUCCGCCAUGGACGAGAAUCCGGGUCUGGAUCAGGUCAACGGAGAUGAUGAUAACUUAAAACACGGAGCAGAGACGAGCGAAUAGGACCAAAGAUCGCAUUUUUAUUCCCCCCCCCCCAAUCCGUCCAAUGGGGCCGCUGCCGCCGCUGUGGUGGGUGGAGCUCCUCCUUUCGCUACAGCUAGUCCUCCUCCUUCCGCCGCCGGCGGUGGCGGAAUCCGGCGACGAGGCGUGCCUGUCGAACCUGCGGCGGGGCCUGACGGACACCAACGGCAGCCUCCGGAACUGGACGAGAUCCAACUUCGCCGCCCCCUGCAACGGCUUCACCUCCUACCUCCAGGGCGUCACCUGCAACAACGGGCGCGUCUACAAGCUGUCCCUCACAAGCCUCGCCCUCGGCGGCGCCAUCUCCCCCUUCGUCGCCAACUGCAACAACUUCCAGUCCCUCGACCUCUCCUCCAACCAGCUCGAAGGCCCCAUCCCGCCGGAGCUCUCCGCCCUCCUCAACCUCGCCGUCCUCAACCUCUCCUCCAACCACCUCACCGGGUCCAUCCCCCCGCAGCUCGCCCUUUGCGCCUACCUCAACGUCAUCGACCUCCACGCCAACCUCCUUUCCGGCCCCAUCCCCGACCAGCUCGGCCUCCUCGCCCGACUCUCCACCUUCGAUGUCUCCUACAACCGCCUCUCCGGCCCCAUCCCCGUGCUGCUUGCCAACCGGUCGGGGCCAGCGGUGGGUCUGCCGCGGUUCAACGCAAGCUCCUUCGUCGGCAACUGGGAUCUGUACGGCUACCCCCUGCCGCCAAUAAGGCCAAGGGGACUAUCAGUGCUCGCCAUUAUCGGGAUUGGGCUCGGGAGCGGCCUUCUCAGCCUGGUCCUCAGCUUCACCGCCGUCUGCAUCUGGCUUCGCGUCACGGAGCAGGCAGCCAUGACGCCCGGCGAGGAGGGAAAGAUCUCCCACCUCAUGCCCGACUACUGAUCCGUUCCACCAUGAACGCGACAUCAAAAUCCCGUCUUUGGCGCACCCUCUGAUUCUUCCAAGACUCAAGAGGACAUGCAGACGCAGAG